CAGCUCUUGGCCCAGACAACCCAAGAGAGAACGAAGACUUCAUGAGACCAAAAGAAAACUUAAAAGAAAUUAAUCUGGCAUGUUCCCUUCUCCAGUGUGAUGUGCGUCCUGAGAAGUUGAUGAACGACUUUUAUUUCAUUGGCCAUUGGUUGGACAAGGAAACAGUUAUAUGUGAUGGGCACCUGAUGUGAACCAAUGGAUUUCCUAUUUCCCGUCAGAGAGAUGCUUGUCCAGGCUGCUCUGUUGAUGCUCGUAUUGAGCCCUCGGUAUUGUCACGAGCAGGAGCAAGGCAUGUCAAACUCCUUGUCUUCUCAGCUCAUCAACGAGUUCAAGAAUGAGUAUCACCCACAGCACAUACACAUCUCCUUUGGCGCUUUUCCAACUGAUGUCGUAAUUAUGUGGUCAACCAAAGAAGAUGUCAGGGGGUAUGUCGAGUACAUGGUCGAGCCAAAUGACCUAAAGAGGGCGCUUGGAAUCAAAGUAAAUGCAUCUGAACACGGAGAACACGCACUAAAAUUCAUCCAUCGAGCGGAGUUGCAAGAUCUCAUGCCUGAUACGACUUACACAUACCGCGUUGUCAGCGAGGGAACAGAAUCGGGAAGCGCGUCAGAAGAGCUAAAGUUCAAAGUGCCGCAUAAUGACCCCAAGGGCAAGCACACCUUCAUGGUGGUUGCAGACAUGGGUCUACGAGCUAACAAGCAGCUGCACUUUGUGUGCCAGGAAGUGGUCAACGGAGAGUACGAGGCUGUGUUCCACAUCGGAGACAUCGCGUACAACUUGCACACAAGUUCGGGGAUUGUCGGAGAUCAGUUCAUGGAGCAUGUGGAGAUUUUCGCCACGAAGGUUCCGUACAUGACAACACCGGGUGACCAUGAGAAAGAGUUGCAGGGUCCUAGUCCUUAUUACGAGUACAGAUACAGAUUUUCUAUGCCAAAUGCUCCGUGGCCCAUGAGAGUAGAUUCCUUGUGGUAUAGUCUUGACAUUGGGCAGACACACUUUGUCAGCAUCAACACUGAGACUUUCCUGUACUCUUCCCCGCUGAGAGAUACACAGUUUAUGUGGCUGAAGGAAGAUCUCAUCAAGGCCAACAAAAACCGGAAAUCGGUGCCGUGGCUCAUCGUGAUGGGCCACCAGCCUCUGUACUGCUCCCAGUCCGUGAUGGAGGUCGAUUGUGCCAAGGAGAACUCGGUUCUCCGAGGACUUCUCGAGGAUUUGUUCUACGAGCAGGGAGUCGACUUAUAUCUGAGCGGGCACAAGCACAGCUACGAACGCACUCUGCCGAUGUACGGGGGCAGAGCGUUUCAGACUGACUACGUUAACCCUAUGGCGCCUGUGUACAUUGUGAAUGGUGCAAUGGGUUACGAGUACAUGGUGGACGAAAUACGCUCCAAACAUUUCUGGCUGCCUUUUGCACAGACGGAUGGGAAAAAAGAGCUGUUUGCUCGACUGAAUGUGUUAGAUGGGACCCGUCUUAUCUGGUCAGCGCGUGCCGCUGAAUCCAACGAGGAAGUUGACACGAUUCAAAUAGUCCAACGCAAUCAUUCCUCUUUCGGUAAUGCAGGACCGGACGCAUUCCGUAAAAUCGAGUAUCUUCAGAAGAGUAAUCAAAACAAACUGAACAAUUUACCCCCGGAACCGUUCAUAAUUAUUGACUCUCCUCCAUCAACAGCUACCCAGUAUCGGACUUUCAUUUUAUAUGUUGUUGUUUUUGCCUUGGCGUUGAUUUUAUUUAUGUUUCUACGAAAUCCCAGAAUGCGUAGAAUUCUUAAAAUCUAAUACACUGUCACUCAUCAGGGUAUGUCAUAAAGUAUAAGAUCUUAUAUUGUGGAGAUAAAAAGUUUCAGAGAAGCAAAAGAAGUGAUUUUCAUUGUUAUAAUAGUUUUCUGCUUUGUGACUUUGCAGCAGGUGUCAAAUGGGCAAUGUGAGUCUUAUGUAACAGUACUCAAAGUGUCAAUAAAUGGGCAAUGUGAGUCUUAUGUAACAGUACUCAAAGUGUCAAUAAAUGGGCAAUGUGAGUCUUAUGUAACAGUACUCAAAGUGUCAAAUUGUGUUGACAGACCUAUAAGAAAGUAUUAGCAACAAAUUCUCAGACUCGCUUUCUCUCCUUUUCAGUCGUUGUCUUAUUUCUUUGAGAGAAGUAGGCUACCUUUUAUCGAACCAAAUCUCAGAAAUGGCCAAGAUGUGUAAAGAUUUUGAUACUUUUUUAAAUUUUCAGCCAAUUCUUAUGGUGUCAUUGCUAUUGGAAAAAGUCUUACCUUGCCAUAAAUUUUUCUCUUCUAGCCAACAGACUUGUCACUGUUUUGAAUCAUACCAACUGCAAACUCUUCAUUCAUCUAUCUAUAUAUAUAAUUCAUGUCUUGCCCGCUGUCUAUGCAAAAUGUUUCUGCCUCUCUCUAUGCACCUCUUGUUUGCUCUUUGGUAUCCACGAGUUUCCUGGAUGUUUUUCUACCUUCACCUACCAACUGCAGUUAUCCUAGUACUGGUGGUAUCUACAAAUUGGUGAUGUCAUGGUAAAGACGCUGAUAUUGUAGAACCUACAAGUCAUUGGUGUCAUGAUACCUACCAAUCACUGAUAUCAUGGAACCUAUCAGUCUAUGAUAUCAUGGUACCUCUACCAAUUGCUCUUAUAUUCCUGCUCUCAUCUUUUUGUGGGUCUUCCUCUUCUUCUGUCUUUUUUCUUUUUGGGGGGGUCUUCCUCUCCUUCUGUCUUUUUAUCCCGUUCUUUGGUGGUGGUUAGAGAGCAACGCUUUUUUCCUAUAGAAAUAGAACGUCUAUCUUCCUUAAAAUGUCUCUCCUCCUUCUUUUUUAUGUUUUGUUACUUCUCAUGUAACACCUCUAAUCUUACCCCCCA